AUGCCGCCCCCCUCCGAACCAACAUACUCCUUCUCCAUCCCCUCUCUGCACGACAAUACCCCUCUCCACUGCCGCAUCUACCAUCCCCAGCACUCCAACCAGCACUCCACAUCAGCGCCGCAAAGCGAAAACCACAAAUCCCCAACCCGAGCCGCAAUCGUCGCACACCCUUACGCACCCUUAGGCGGAUGCUACGAUGAUCCCGUUGUUUUGUCCAUUGUCGAUGCGCUGGUUCGGGAGGGGGUGGUAGUGGGGACUUUUAAUUUUCGAGGAGCUGCCGACUCAGCUGGAAGCACAUCCUUAAGCGGCAAGGGCGAGCAGGCGGAUUACGAGUCGGUGGUGGGGUUGUUGCUUUGCUAUUUGCGAUCUCUGAUCUCGUUGGAGGAAGCACACGAUCAUGGCGAUGCUGGCAAUGAGACUGCGGAAGAAAAGCACGGGUUGCAAGGGAACGAGAAGAUCGAUCUCUUGCUUGCAGGCUACUCAUAUGGCUCGCUAGUCCUCGCACGACUAUCGCCCGUGCAGGAGAUCUUACUGCGCUUCGAGGCCGCUGCUGCUACGCCAGGCCAGGCUGUCGCUGAGAUUCUUGCCACAGCGAGGAAGCUAGCGAGCGAGACGACGCAACGUCACCUGGACGAACGCAACGCGCACAUCACCACUUUCGGCAGCGCCGACCGCAACUCAACAAACAAGAGCCAUCCUCACCGCCACCACGUACGACUAAGUGCAGAUCUGGCCCACGACACGCUGGAGAAGCUACACUUUAAGCGGCGGAAUUCACCGAGAAAUCCCUCAGACAUCCCCAAACAGACGACAGCAGAGCAGCACCCAACCACCCGCCCGACAAUCUCCCCCAGCUACCUCUUCAUCUCCCCCGUCAUCCUCCCCCUAACACUCUCCAUCUGCCCGCCCGGCGCAGUAGCUUCGCUGCCAUCGCUCUCCUUCCUGGGCAAAGGGCGGAGUCCUAGUCCUUCUUCUUCGUCGUCUCACUCGUCGGCGCAUUACCUGCAGCAUCGCACGCUCGCGGUUUUCGGGAAUAAAGAUUCUUUCACUUCGAGUCAUCGGUUGCGACUUUGGGCGGAGAAGCAAAGUAGGGAAGCUGCUGCUGCAGGAACCUCUGAUACUGGAUUCGAGUGGACGGAGAUUGAAGGGGCGGGACAUUUCUGGCGGGAGGAGGGGGUCAUGGGAGCUUUGCAGAGGAGGGUUACAAGUUGGUGGAAGUGA